AGAGAGGAGGGGCACUGUCAUUUACUGUUGGAUCCAACCUUUACUUUCUAUUUUAACCAAUAUUGCAGACGCAGCACCAUGGUCAUAGCUAGAACCUUCAAAGAACUUUUCUCCCUGGACCUACCAUUCUUUGUGUUGGAUAUAUGCUUUCAGAUACCCUUCUUUUUGAGGGCAAUUGCCGACUGGAGUCUUCUACCGUCUAUUAUUUGGGAAGUUCCAUUCUAGACCCUCCUUUUAAAUGCAGUCCCAAGGGCAUUUCAGUAAAUUCAUUAAAACAAUAAAAAGGAAGAGAACCCUUUCAACCCCACCAUGUUUAUUCCCUACACCAACCUAGCAACACAGGUCACCAGUCCCAUACACAUACACACCUUUCAAGCUCAUUUUCUCCUUUAAUACACAAAGAGAUUCCAACACUGAUGGGUCAGAGUGAAGAUCACAAGCUCCAUACUGUUGCCAAGUUCAACAAGCAGCAUUUCCUUAGGAGAACUGUGCUGCUUGCCUUCUCAGUCUCUCUAUUUUCUCUCCUCCUAUCCUACUCCUCAGGUUUCUCUUGCUUUCUCCAUUCCUUCAACCUGUACUACUCCACAUUUCUUUUUUCCCUCAUCACCCACACCUUUGAAAGGAAGUACAUGUUCCUCAUUUGUAAUGGGAUUGUUGCUUUUCUUGCGGGUUACCCGGGUUUUGGCAGUUCUGCUCCACCUGGGUAUGGUAUCAAUGCUGAGUUCUUGAAGAGGACUGAGGAUGAUGGCAGCUCAGCAUCUCAAUUAUCUGAUAUGAAACCUUUGGUUGUAGAUAAGGGAGCAACUGUGGAAGGUACUGUUGGGUCUCUAGGGCAUGAUGCUCUUGUAGUUGAAGAAGACCAAGAUCAACAGCAAGAAAAUGAGCCUUUCUAUAUGGAAGAACAAGAAAGAGAGAGUCAAGCUUUAAUUGUAGAAGAUGGAGAAGGAGAAGAAGAAACUGAGUCUUUGAUUCCCGAAGCAGCAGAAGAGGAGGAAGAAAUGAAAGAGAACGAAGAGCUCACCAGCACAGAGGAACUGAACAAGAAAAUUGAAGACUUUAUAAGGAGGAUGAAGGAAGAACUCAGGGUUGAAGCUCAAAGUCAGCUCAUCACUGUGUAAUUUACAUUAGAAAGUAAAAUACAACAUGCUCUAGUCAUCUAAGACCUCUCAUGUUUGAACUUUUCAGUUGUUCCUGUGCUCUAGUUUUCAUGUGUACAUGGAUCCUUCUUCCCUUCUCAAUUGAAAGUUUUCAUAUCUUGUAAGAGCCAA